AUGGCUGCCAACUCCACUCGUCCCUCGCGGGUGUUGCUGUUCGGGGACGAAUGCGUCGACAAAUUGGCUGCGGUUGAAGAGAUAUAUGACCUGUCUCGCUCAAGCCUGGUACUGCGAAGCUUCUUGCAACAAGCUAUUACGGAAGUUCACCACGCCGUAUCUGAACUUCGGCGGGAAGAGCAACGAUCUUUCGGUCUGUCAUCUAACGACAUCCUGGAACUGGCAGAGAGCUAUGCUGCUCAGAAGCCUCUGCCGCCGAUAGUGGGCGAUGUGCUGUUGUUCGUCGUGCAGAUCGGCCACUUGAUCUUGCGAGCCGAGCAGGAUGGUUCGAUACUCGCCCAAGACAAUAACAGGACCAUUCACCUCCUUGGGUUAUGUGUCGGCCUACCAGCCGCAUGUGUCGCAGCCGCAGCUCGCAAUAUCCCUCACGCUGUCGGACUUGCUACUGCGGCCUUGGGGGUGAUCGUUCGAUUUGGAGCAGCACUGCAUCGCCGUUCUCAACUGAUCGAGGCGCAAUCAGGUGCUUGGGGAAGCACGAUUGUCGGCAGUCAGGAGUAUGUGGAGCAGCAACUACAGGAGAUCAACGAGUCUCUUCCACUUGUUCGACACGCCUAUGCUGGAGUCAUCUCAGAGACUUGGACGACAGUCUUUGCUCCUCCGUCAACCACAUCUCUUCUUGCCAGCUCUGUGAAAACGACGAGCAGACCGCCUUAUGCAACGGCGUCCAGUGUCCAUGCAUCGCACUUGGCACCGAUCGAUUUGGCUGCAGUAGUAGGCUCUCACUCGGCAUUCGAGAUUCCUGUGCUACGAGAUUCAAUAGUUUCCACAAGCACGAUGGCACCAUGUAAAGCUCAUACCUUCAGAGAGCUCCUUACUUUGGCACUGCGGGAUAUCUCAGAGAAGCCGCUGCUGCUGGACAGGACAGUUCAAGCACUUUCGCAAGCUUUGAGUGGUAACGAAAGAGUUACUCUGAUCCCUGUUGGCCCUACAGCACACACAGCGCUCGUCAAGCGAACGCUAGAAAAGAACCAUGUCGAUGUUCAGGUGUUGACAGCCGACAGACCUAUGAGUGAUCGGUACAAAGACAACUCACCGGAUCGUAUAGCAAUCGUGUCCAUGUCAGGACGAUUUCCCGGCGCAGAGAACAUUGAAGACUUCUGGCAACUGUUGCAAGCCGGGAAGACCAUGCACUCACCAAUACCACCGACUCGAUUUGCAGUCAGCGAUCCAGACCUCAAAAAGCUUUCUGGCUGCUUCUUGUCAAACCCCGGACUAUUCGACCCCGAGUUUUUCAAGAUGUCACCGAGCGAGUCUAUGCAGGUGGAUCCUAUCCAGCGGAUGUUGCUGAUGGUCGUCUACGAGGCGUUGCAAAUGGCUGGCUAUGUGCAGAAUUCGAGCCCAUCUACUCAAAGCGAACGAAUAUCUACUUUCAUCGGACAGACGACGAGUGACUGGCUGGGCAUCAAUGAUCAACAGGGCGUCGGGACGCAUUACGUCCCUGGUAGCCUGCGAGCAUUCGCAGCAGGACGUUUAAAUCACGUCUUUGGGUGGGGUGGAGGUUCGAGCAGUAUCGACACAGCUCUGUCACAUGUGAUUUGGGCAGGCCCAGGGUUCGCCGAGACGACACGAUCCGCGAUGCACCCCGUUGGCCACGACAAGCCGUAUCCGCCUAGCGACAUGGAACUCGAAGCUUACAUAGCAGAGUUUCGAAGAUGGUUCACGGGCAGACGUGAGGAUUUUGGAACAAAUGGAUGGGAAGCAUACGUCGGCGACCAUAACAUUGGCGUGUCAGUGGUCCCACAGGCGAAUCACUGUACAAUCGUCGAACAACCGCAAGUGAAAGAGCUAGGCCAAAUUCUUCUGCAAGUGCUAAACAAGAUUGCAAUCUUGGAAAAGUGA